CGCCUUCCAAUGCGUGUUCACUGAUUGGUGCAGCUCACAUCAAUCAAGUUUUGCAGCAAGGUUGGUUGAACGCUAGCCGGUUGUUGAUGAUCCAUCAAAAGUCGUCAGUCACUGGUGGAGAGGAGUCGCAGUAAUCAGGCCACCACCAUGCAGUUUCUAAGGGGAGUCAUGGAGACUGUGUCCGCCGUCUCCAACCUCUUCUCCAACCCCUACCGCGUCAGGGAAGUAUCACUGUCGGACUACAGCGGAGGGGGGAAAGUCGAGCUGAAGGAGGAGGGACGCAUGGUGCUGUACAAGAACACCCCUUGUCAGAGUUGGGACUGCCUGCUCAAGUGCCCUGAUACGCCCACCGUCGCCUUGAGGUUGUUUCAGGUCAACUCCGAGGAGGACGCCAUGAACUGGUUCCCCCAGUACGCCCUCAAGCUUCGUCCCUUCUACGAGACCCUCCCCCUCCCCAAGCCAGAGGCAGUCCAGCCAAUAGUAGACUGCCUCCGUAGUCACGCUGACUGGAGCUCCGCCCACAUCGCCGUGGAUACGGGCCUGAGGGAAUGCCUGAAGCACAACCACGUCCAGAGCCAGAUAAACGCCAGGGACGCUGCUGGUCAGACCCCGUUACACCUGGCGUGUGAGCGGGGGGAAGUGGCAUGUGUCAGAGAGCUGCUGGAGGAGUGCCAGGCUCGCACCGACAUCAAAGACAAGAACGGGGAGACGCCAAUGCAUUGUGCCGCCAAGCAGGACUCGGCUACUAUUAUACAGGCGCUGUGCAGUAGGAUGUGUGCGGGGGUGAAUGAGCUGAACGGGGCGGGGGAGACGCCCCUCCAUGUUUCUUGUCGCCUCGGGAGGGUAGAGGCCGUGAACGCCCUCCUGGGGGGAGGAGCUCGCUGUGACAUCAUCGGGGGCAGUGGCUACCCAAUCCAUGCCGCCAUGAAGUACAGUGAGAAGGGUUGUGCUGAGGCUGUCCUGGAUGCAGACCCAGGUCAGCUACAGGUAGAAGAUGCCGUCUAUGGAGGAACCCCCCUACACUGGUGCAAGACUGCAGAGAUGUGUCGUACGCUGCUGGAGCGAGGUUGCUUGGUGAACUACCUCAGUAAGACAGGGGAGAGUGCACUGCACGUCCUGACCAAGAGGGGGCGCUUCGAUGCUUCCAUGGUGCUGCUCACACACGGUGCGGAACCCAACCUCAAGGGUCAGGAUGGGAACACAGCCCUGCAUCUGGCUAUGAAGAUGGACCACAUGGAACUGAUCAAGGCUCUGAUCGUGUUUGGAGCCGACGUGGAGAUGCACAAUGACCUGGGAGAGACUCCCGGAUUGAUAGCAGCACGCACUAGUAAAGGCUCCAACAGAAAGGUGCUACUGGACAUGCUGUGUAGUGUAGGGGUACAGCGUUGUGCCCCACCCUCCUCCCCUCUCAACACCCAUCCUCCCCCCAAGAAGGCUGCUUCGUCACCAGGCCUAGGGUUCGAGGACAUCAUGCACGUUGCGGCGGCGGUGGGAGCGAUGAGUCGUGGCCGGGAGGAAGUGGACGGGUUCAAAACAGGAAGCAGGAAGAUAGACAGACUGCUGUGUCUGGAUGGAGGGGGCAUUAAAGGCUUGGUUCUGAUCCAGUUGUUAAUCGCCCUGGAGAAAGAGGCAGGCAGGCCCAUCAAGGAACUCUUUGACUGGGUUUCUGGGACCAGCACAGGGGGCAUACUGGCCCUGGCUAUCAUCCAUGGUAAGGAUAUGGAGUAUCUGCGAUGCCUCUACUUCCGUAUGAAGGAGCAGGUGUUCAAGGGGUCGCGACCCUACGAGUCGGCCCCUCUGGAGGACUUCCUGAAGAAAGAGUUCGGAGAGAACACCAUGAUGACAGAUGUACGGCACCCCAGGGUGAUGGUGACCAGUGUGCUGGCAGACAGACAUCCAGGAGAGCUCCAUCUCUUUAGGAACUACGACCCCCCCUCCCUGGCCAGAGAACGCCCCUACGCUGCCACAGCCACCUUCCUUCCCCUCACCAUACCACAAGGAUGGGAGGAUGAGGAUGUGUUGAUAGUUGGAUACACUCAGGAACCUGCGAAAAAACUUAGGAAGGUGACAGACCAAGAGCAGGUCGUGUGGAGAGCCGCCCGUUCCAGUGGCGCCGCCCCCACCUACUUCCGACCAAUGGGCCGGUUUCUGGACGGAGGGCUGCUGGCCAAUAACCCGACACUGGAUGCCAUGACUGAGAUCCACCAAUACAACAAAUCCCUGAAAGCAGAGGGGCGUGGCUUAGAGGUGCAGCGUCUAGGUGUGGUGGUUUCUUUAGGGACAGGUAAGCCUCCCCAGGUAGUGGUGAACUCUGUAGAUGUGUUCAGACCCUCCAACCCUCUGGAACUGGCUAAGAGCUUUGUAGGCGCCAAGGAGCUGGGCAAGAUGCUGGUGGACUGCUGUACAGACUCUGAUGGCUGUGCUGUGGACAGGGCCCGGUCCUGGUGUGAGAUGAUUGAUACUGUCUACCACAGACUGAGCCCCCAGCUCUCCCAGGAGGUGAUGCUGGAUGAGGUGAGUGACGCCGUGCUGGUGGACAUGCUGUGGGAGACCCAGAUGUACCUCUACGAACAGAGGGAGAACGUCCAACUCCUGGCACAGCAACUACUCAACGGCUACUAAGAGGAGAGGCAGAGGAGAGGCAGGGAUGGGAUCAUGCUAUGGGAAUCCCAGAUGGACAUCAUACUACUACUGGCACAACAGGGGUUUGUUCAUUACGCCGAUUCUGUGGCAAAACAUUUUGUCAACGGAAGCAAAUGGAACGAAACGGGGAGUGACCUACCAAUACCUACCUACCAAUUUGUUCAGUAGAAACUCAUUUUCUAUUGGGGUGUAAUCAUUGUGUAGAUGAAAAUGUACUUGAAAAAGCUCCGAGCAAAUGUCCAUAACCUGAUGUUUUGUCAGAUAUAGAGGAAGAGAGACACACAGAGAGGGGAAGAGGUAGAGUGACACACAGAGAGGGGAAGAGGUAGAGAGACACACAGAGAGGGGAAGAGGUAGAGAGACACACAGAGAGGGGAAGAGGUAGAGAGACACACAGAGAGGGGAAGAGGUAGAGAGACACACAGAGAGGGGAAGAGGUAGAGAGACACACAGAGAGGGGAAGAGGUAGAGAGACACACAGAUAGGGGAAGAGGUAGAGAGACACACAGAGAGGGGA